UUCAAUACAUUGUGUUUUCGCAUUCGAGUGGACCGCGCUUUUUCAGUAUUGAUUGGUCGUCUUUUUUUUUCGGUUUGUGUUUCGUAAUCGGAUCAAUCGAUCCACGAAAGCGGUCGAAUAGCCUGCAUUUCUUCCCGUCACAGUGUAAUUUCGUUAAAUAAUUAAGCACCGUUCGUCGAACAUGCGUGUCCAUCUCCUGCUAGUAUUCUCCUUGGUGCUGAUUUGCUGUUGCCCACAUUCCUCCGGCGUGUUUUUCAAUCAUGGUGGAAAAUAUUUGGCCUCCCUCAAACGGCUCUUUAAACGAUACGAACAUCUCUUGGAACCAGGACGAAAGCUGUCACCGGUCAUCUUUGUUCCCGGUGAUGGCGGAAGUCAGAUGGAUGCCAUGCUCAACAAACCCAGCAAAGUGUCGAUCCUUUGCCAAAAACAAACCACCACUUUCUUUAACAUCUGGCUGAACAAGGAACUGCUUCUGCCGUUGGUGAUUGAUUGCUGGAUCGACAACAUUCGGCUGGAGUACGAUAACGUAACACGCACGACUCGCAACUCUCCCGGUGUUGUUACGCGUGUGCCCGGCUUCGGUCAGUCCGAAACGGUGGAAUGGAUCGAUCCGUCUCAUGCUUCGGUUGGCGCUUACUUUGUAAACAUUGCCAAUGCACUCGUCUCUAAUGGUUAUGCGAGAGAUAAAUCCAUCGUGGGAGCGCCUUAUGAUUUCCGAAAAGGGCCGAAUGAACACAAAGAGUUCUUCCUCUCGUUAAAGUAUCUAGUCGAGCAAACGUAUACCUUGAAUGGGGAGAUUCCGGUUUCUUUCGUCGUCCACAGCAUGGGGGCACCGAUGACGCUGCAUUUUCUUCAGAUGCAAACGCCCGAUUGGAAGGCGAAAUACAUCCGACGAGUGAUCUCGAUUGCUGGCGCUUGGGCGGGCAGUAUGAAAGCGCUGAAGGUGUACGCCAUCGGGGACGAUCUCGGUGCGUUCGCGCUCAGCGGCAAAGUAAUGCGAGCGGAACAGAUCACAAACCCGUCGCUGGCCUUCCUACUGCCGUCACCGCUCUUCUGGAAACCGAACGAGGUGCUUGCCCGCACGCAAUCGCGUAUCUAUACCAUGGAUCAGAUGGAAGAAUUCUUUAACGACCUUGAUUAUCGUAAUGGGUGGGAAAUGCGCCAGGACACGCUACCGUACACGUUGAACUUUACUGCACCCGGCGUUGAACUGCAUUGCUUUUAUGGAAGCAAAAUUAACACGGUUGAAUCCUUGGAAUACCAAAAAUCGUACGAUCUCAGCGGCACUCCCGUGCUAAAGAUGGGCGCCGGCGAUGGCACGGUAAAUGCCCGAUCGCUUGAAGCGUGCAAACAGUGGGCAACCCAGCAGAAGCAGCCGAUCUACACCAAAGAAUUUCCCGGUGCGGACCACAUGAGCAUUUUGGCCGACGUUAAUGUCAUCGAUAGCGUCAUGAAAGUUCUUCUCUCGGAUCUGUAACGGAAGAGUGCCAUUGAUUUGAUUUUAUUACCUACUAGAUAAGAAAAAUCUGCGAAAAAACCGAAUCUCAUCCGUGACACUGAAACUCACUUACAGUACCACGAGUUUAAAGCAAUAAAAGUAAUGUAAACGAUUAUCAAUAC